AUGGUGCGGACCGAGAGAAACUGGGACGCCGUCUCCUCCUUCUGUGAAGCAGUUAUGCUCGCAAAGAGGGAGGCGGCCGGAGCAAUCCUCCUCCUCACGCCCCAGCCACUGCAACAGGCGAGGCUACGGGCGUCGGGGAUCAAUCAAAGGACGAUCUCCGGCCACCUUAAGCGCGGGUCUGCGGUCGCAGAACCAGGCCCGAGAGUACGGCGCGUAGCGUUCCGCGCGCGCCUCAAAGAGCCAAUAGACCACCACAGAUGGGUCCCUGUAGGGCUGAUGUUCAGCUGUGGUUGCGGGAGCGGCGCUGAUCUCAUACCAUCAGAUGACCAGUCCGCUCGUUUGCCUCCUGUCACAAAAAAAAAACUAUCUGGCGAAGUCAACACAAGCCCCUGCGAAUCAGAAUCAACAUCAAACUCUCCACCGUCGCUGCUACAGGAUGCGACAUUGCCAGCUCUCUUAGUUUCUGGAGCAUCCACGUUAUUCCAGAACACAACCACGACCACCAACACAGCGUUGAGUUUAUCAGCUGUUGACAGCUUAUGCUUGCCUGGUGGUGUAAAGAGCGAGGUCCGUAGCCCGGGCCUUUGCGAAGCAGACGUGGCGCUGUACGGCGAAACGCUGCCGUACGACCAGUCCACGCUGCCCUACCAGUAUUAUAAUAGCAUGCAGCAAUAUGGUAGCGGCAGCGCGGCCUCGUCGUACGUCAGCUCGUCGCUGUACAACCAGCCUUACGGCGCGUACCCACCACAACACAACACUACCAACAGGUCAUCAUGCAAAGCGACGCCGACGUAUUUGAGUGCUUACGGCGUGAGUGGAGUCAGUGGAGUGCCUAGCACUGGCUUUGGUACGCAGCCAUCACCUUACGCCUAUUCUUCGUACAAUGGGGGAUUGGCGCAAUCUUUUCCUACCGCACAACAGGACUACAGCAGUUAUGCGGCAGGAUACGCGGACCACAAUGUGGCCCAAUACAGCGGAUACUACGCUACACCUAGUUAUUCUCCUUACGUCAGCUCGCCAAGCAGCAGCGGCAGUGCGGGGCACACUUCAUAUCAUUUAGGAGGAGCUUUAUCAGGGUUUUUGGUGCUCAAAAUAAUGAAUAAGGAGAACGAAAAUUUUCACAAUAAUAAGCGAAGGAAACUAGAUGAAGAUGCCUCGGAAUCGCGUUACGAUGAUUCGGAUUACUGGCCAGAUACAGAUAGUGACGAUGAAUCUCCAUCAUCAAUGCUGCCAUCAAUAAAUGACACAAGUCCCCUGUCACCAAUCAAAACAGAAGUACAUGCAGCUAGCCGAAGAUGUAGAGAGAAUUCAGGGGAAAGCACAGCAUCUCGAUCCCGAGGUCGUGGCAGGCGCAAUACUUCCUCGUCUCCCGCACAGCAUGUACCAGAGCCAGCUACUGACAGAGUCUUCAUCUGGGACCUAGACGAGACUAUCAUCAUUUUCCAUUCACUUCUCACCGGGACUUACGCAACUAAGUACAAUAAGGACACGCAACAAAUAGUUCAAUUGGGAUUUAGGAUGGAAGAGAUGAUUUUUAGCUUAGCAGAUACACACUUCUUCUUCAAUGAUGUUGAGGAUUGUGACCAGGAGCACAUAGAUGCAGUGGCGGCCGACGAUAACGGACAAGAUCUCUCAGCGUAUAACUUCGCGGCAGACGGGUUCCACGCCGGCGCCGCACCUAACACGGGCUUAUGUGCGCCUGGUGUACGGGGCGGCGUAGACUGGAUGAGGAAACUCGCUUUCAGAUACAGAAAAAUUAAGGAUACAUACAAUAAUUAUAGAAAUAGUGUUGGUGGUCUGCUGGGCCCAGCUAAACGGGAGCAAUGGUUGCAACUACGCGCCGAGCUAGAACAGGCGACGGACAACUGGCUCACACUCGCCUGCAAGUGUCUCAAUAUGAUUAACUCUAGAGAGAACUGCGUAAACGUGUUGGUGACGACGACACAGCUAGUACCAGCGCUGGCGAAAGUUCUAUUGUUCGGCCUGGGAGGAGUCUUCCCCAUAGAAAACAUAUACUCCGCUACUAAAACCGGCAAAGAGACUUGCUUCGAAAAAAUAAAGCAGCGGUUCGGAGAAAGAUGUACGUACGUCGUUAUCGGUGACGGGCAAGAUGAGGAGGCUGCCGCCAAAGCAAAGAACUACCCAUUCUGGAGGAUAUCCAGCCACUCAGACAUCGCGGCCCUCUACAACGCGCUAGACAUGGGCUUCUUAUGAUCUACUGGUACCCUGGUACUCGGGCUAUACAAAACAGUUACUUUUGCAACAUUUUCAAACAGGAAAGACAUUAUUUUUGCUAUUUUCAGAGAGAUAUUAAUUAUUUUAUUGAUAUUAUUAUCCAUUUUGCCGAUUGAAAAUGAAAUAGAAAGUUAUAUUUAGUGUAAAUAUUUAUUUAGUACUAGCAGAAGUUUUGUUUACAUUUUUGUACAAAAGUUCAACUUCCUAUUGUCUGAUGCUGUCCUAGU